UCCAAAUCACGCCACCUUCACAAGCAUAAGCAUAACAAAUCUGGCGACGGUCGCUUUUCACGGAAAAAGAUUCAGUCUACGACAUCUACCACUGCCAGGGCCCUGCUGCCGACGUGGUCCGGGAUGAAAGACAAAGACAACGAUGAAGAGAAUGGUCUCCUCCGUCCGAUGACACGUCAAACGACACGGUCGCGCUGGGGAUCGGAGUCUACCACGGGAUUGACUGACGGAAGCCGGAGGGAGAGCAUACUUGAGGGAAUUGAUACAAAUACAAAGCUUGGCCCGGUCGCACGUCAAGAAAUCCGGUCGUCAGAGGACCUGGAGCAAGUGAAAAGCAGACGGAAAUACGGCGAGGAGUAUUUGAGGUCCGCUUUGUCACUUAUCGGAACAUUGGCUACAGACAUCACGCGCCGUCUGGAUUACACGUAUUAUAACCUUCUGGAGAAGGUGGCAGCCCUGAAUGCUACGGUAUCGUCUUUCCAGGAACUACUGAACUCUACAUCAAGUCUCUUUGCCGAUUUCCAGCGAGAAACGUCGAGUCUCGACCAAGAGAUCCGAAAACAGAUUGGAGAGCUUCAAGAAUUCCAGCCACAGCUCAGAAGGAUAGAGGCUUUGGAGGAUCGCAUGAAGACAGGGCGGACGAAAGCUCAGGAACUCAACGAUCGACUUGAGAACAUGCGGAAUGAGAUCGAUCACUGGGAGAAGAAAGAGAUGGAAUGGCAAGACCGCGUGAAUCGAAGGCUCCGUAUGUUCUGGGCCUUUGCGGCAGCGGGUGUACUUGCAGUGCUUCUGGCCAUUGCCACACAAAAC